GGAUAAGCUCUUGAUAUUACAGAGUUGAGAGCACCAUAAACACGUUAUAAUUACAGGGGUCAGGCUCAUAGAUGUUACUGUCAAGUGUAAACUUGAGUAUUUCACUAUUUUCAAUCCAAUCUCAAUCUCACGAUCUUAUAUUCUUAUCUCCUGAUUCCGCCGGCCUACGCUCUGAAACAGCCGCCGACGCAGUGUUAGAUCACUGCAUUGCGGUGGCGGAGGCGGUGGCCGUCCAGUCGAGCUGGAGAGGAAGGUAGAGCGGGACUCAAUUUCCGGCAGACGUCAUCGCUUAUCGCCUCUUCAUUACGUUGUUGAAAUAUAUAGAAGAGAGGAAAUUGAGUAGGAGUAGAGUGACAGUGCUAAGGCGGAGAUGAAGGGCGGGGCUGUUGGAGGUCAGUCUAAUGCUGUUCCGGUGGUUAAGAAGCGAUGGAAAGGUCUGGUGAUUGCGGUGUUAAGUCUUGUGUUACUUUCGAUGCUGGUUCCCGUCGUCUUCUUGCUUGGCCAGAACAAUAGUUUCCAGUCUUCCUCAGGACUUGCGUCUGAACAUCAAAGUUCUUCUUCUAAUGUGGCUAGAGUUAAUGGUCAAAAUGAGGAUCUCUUGACUGGGGAACAAUUGGAGGGUGAUAAAUCAAGGCAUGUAGAUGAUAUUACAAGAAGCGUGGGACCAACUUUUCCAAAGGAUUUUCAGAAGAACAUUGACAAGGAAACUAAGAAUGAGACUAAAGGUUCUCCAUUGCCAGUUGGAAUGCCUAAAGAACUGCCAAAAGCAAAUAUAUGUGUUGCAGAGCAUAAAAGUUGGCAAUAUGGAUUCUGCUGACAAAAUAGAAGCUGAGAUGAGUUCUAAUAUGUGUGAUUUAAAAUUUGGGAGCUACUGCACAUGGCAUCGAGAGCAUACAGAGCAAGUGAAUGAUUUCUUUGUGAGAAAAAUGAAGAACCUAUUGUUUGAGGCUCGGGCUUAUUAUCCCAGUAUUGCGAAGCUUCCAGCUUUUAGAAAGUUAUCAGAUGACAUGAAGAAACAUAUUCAGGACUUUGAGCAUCUGCUUAACCUCGCAACAACAGAUAAUGAUCUCCCCCCUCGGAUUCGAAAAAAGCUAAAGGGGAUGAAAGCUGUGAUUGCAAGUGCCAAGGCCUGUCCUGUGGAUUGUAAUAAUGUUGACAUAAAAUUUAGACAGUUGGUUGAUCUGACUGAAGAUGAACCUAGUUUCCUUACAAGACAGGGGGCUCUUCUCUACCAAAUUGCAGUCCAAACCAUGCCUAAGAGCCUCCACUGUCUAUCAAUGCGACUAACUGUAGAAUAUUUUAGAUCCCCUCUGCCCAGUGAGAAGCUUUCACUGAUAGCGAGGCAUUUGGAUCCAGAUUUAAAGCAUUUUGUUAUAUUCUCCAAGAAUGUACUUGCAUCAUCGGCUGUAAUAAACUCUACAGUUGUGCAUGCAAAAGAGAGUGAGAAUCAAGUAUUUCAUGUGCUGACAGAUAGGGAGAAUUACUUUGCCAUGAAAUUGUGGUUCUUCAGAAACAAGUACAAGGAAGCCACUGUCCAGGUUUUGAAUAUUGAAGAUCUUCAUUUGGAUGACAAAACCAAGUCUGCUCCAUUGCAUCUCUCACUGCCUGAGGAGUAUUCUAUUUUCUUUCAUAAUGUUGAUAAAUCAUCUAUGACUCCAAUGAGAACAGAGCACUUAUCUGUGUUUUCACAGUCUCACUUUCUCCUUCCCAAGAUAUUUAAUUCUUUGAAGAAAGUAGUAGUUUUGGAUGAUGACAUUAUUGUCCAAAGAGACUUGUCAGACUUGUGGAGCAUUAAUUUGGACGGAAAAGUGAUUGGUGCUGUACAGCAUUGCUCAGUUAAGUUGGUUCACCUGAAAAACUUUUUGACAGAUAAGAGUUUUGAUGAAAAAUCAUGUGCUUGGAUGUCUGGAUUAAAUGUCGUUGAUCUAGUCAGGUGGCGGGAGCAAGACCUUUCAGGAAAGUUUGAAAGGCUGGUACAAGAGUUGGGGACAAAAGAGGCUGUGACUCUGCGGGCCUUCUUGCUAACCUUUCAAGGCGAAGUUUAUGCUCUUGAUGAGAACUGGGUACUAUCUGGACUGGGUUAUAACUUUAGUCUGGGUACAGAAGCUGUGAAGAACGCAAGGGUUUUGCAUUAUAAUGGUGACAUGAAACCAUGGCUUGAUUUGGCCAUCCAUGAUUACGCAGAUUUUUGGAGCAACUAUAUAAACACGGAAGAUCAAUUGCUAAGCAAUUGCAAUGUGAAUUAUUAGAGUUAAAGUUAGAUUCAAGGUAUUUUGCAGGGAUCACAAGGUUACACAAAUUUCCCUCUGGUGGAUGCCGAUAGAAUCAUUCCAAGCUCAGAGGACUUGGCUCCUGGUACUAGGAUUACAAAUUCAAAGAUCGUGUUUCUAUCAUUCAAUCUCCUGCCCGUCAAGCCAAGAGGGAGUGCAUUCGUUUGUGGCAGAGGUGGACAUAGAGAACUUUGACAGACAACAGGGCAUUACCUCUGCGCUUUCUGCCUCGAGACUGGACCACAGAAAUAUGAAUUCUGGUGUGUACAAAAAAGCCAUGUGACUAUUCUUUCAACUGUGGGAACUUUAUAUUUGUUUAUAUUUUUACGUUUGCUUCCUGGAGACUUCAAUAUAUUCGUAAGAGCAGAUGGUUCAAGUCCAAAUCUCUGAAUCGGCAAAACACGCAUUGAACCUCCUGUCUUGUGGAUUAUCAUUGCAUAGACAUUUUGUUUCUUAUUCAUUGUUAAAUAGCGUUUGCUUCUCUAACAGUUAGCAGAUUUAAAUUUUCCAAUUUUUUUCUUUUAGAUUACAAAAUAUGUAAUAUAUAUAUGAAAUAUUUAAUCAUAGUUUUCUUUCCCACUUUGAA